GUGUGUUCUGGCUUUACGAUGGAGUAUAUCAACCAAAUGAAGAAUCGCCGGCGCUCGUCGCAGGUCUUGCAAGCACCAAAGCCUGUUCUGACCGAGGAGGAGGAAGCCUAUCUGCGACAGGUCACUUCGCCUGAAAGUGGAUCUAGUACUGUUGCGAAAGCAUCAUCGCCAGGAUCUGAAGUUCCUCCAGGAAGCUCUGAGUACCCCGUGCUGAAUGAGGGUGCCGAAACUAUCCCUCUUCCUGCCUCGCCUGCUGAGGAGUUUGGGAAGGAGCUGGGAGAACAAGGGCGACGGACGAGCCAACUUUCCGGCGGCUCUGCAAACAAAGAGUCAGAACUUGUGAAGCCACAAGACUCAGGAGCCCCAGAGAAGAAAAAGAAAAGAUGGAGUACAAUGUUCUGGAAGAAGAACGCAGACUCCAAGAAUGACAAAGACAAGGAUGCUGCAAAGGAUGACACUUCACAAUCUCAACCACCCGUUCCUCCAUCGACGACAACACCGCCGGACAAUGGACAAGAAGCUCAGAAGGACCAAGAGGAUAUGAUAGAUAUCCUGGAACGACUGAAUCUGGCAGCAGAUAACAAUCGUGUUUUUUCCGUCAGCGAUGAAACGCAGGAACUGCUUCGCAAGUUCAAAUUGAUCUUCAAGGAUCUGAUCAAUGGUGUUCCUACGGCCUAUCGCGACUUGGAGAUGCUCCUGACGAACGGGAAUCGCCAAUUGCAAGACACUUAUACCAAGCUGCCUGGCUUCCUUCAAAAGCUAAUCGAGAAGCUCCCUGAAAAGUGGACCGAGACUUUGGCACCAGAGAUGCUUGCCGUGGCCAGUGAACGGGCCACUCAAAGUGGAGUCAACAUGGAAAACGUUGGCAAAGCUGCCGCUGCAGCCGAGAAGAUGGGAGUCAACAUUCCCAGUCUGAAGGAGCUAGUUUCUAAGCCUGCUGCGAUCGUGGGUAUGCUACGGUCCAUUAUGGCAUUUUUGAGGGCACGUUUCCCGGCCGUGUUGGGCAUGAACGUUCUCUGGUCAUUGGCGUUGUUUAUUCUCCUAUUCGUGCUCUGGUACUGCCAUAAGCGUGGGCGUGAGGUCCGUCUUGAGAACGAACGCCUGGUCACGGAGGAGGAGAUCAAUAAGUUGAAUGAGGAUUCCUCUGAAGCCAGAAUACGUCCCACUGAGACUUUUACGACCACCGCACCUCAAGGAGCUUCAGCCGAAGAGAUCCGCGAGGGCGUGCGAAAAGUGGAACAAGCUCGAGCAUCCUCAGCAUUGGAAGCUGCAGCUUCGGAGCCCCAGAGCCCCAUGGAGACCACUGCUUCCUCCACGGUCCCUACUCGAACCAAGUCGCGGCUAUCUAUCUUUGGACGAGCAAAGACUGAACCGGGCCCCUCCUCUAAUAUUGCCCCUUAUCCUGGGACUUGA